AUGAUGUAUAAACAGGUGGGGUACGAAGGAUACAAAAAUGUCCCACGAGACAUCUCAGUCAGUCUCUUAGCAGUAGUCGUCAGCUUCUGCGGGCUCGCCUUGCUGGUAGUCUCGCUUUUUGUCUUUUGGAAGUUGUGUUGGCCCUGCUGGAGAAGCAAACCUGUCGCUUCCAAUGCCAGCAAUGUCCCUCAGAGCAACUCCAGUGCUCCUACAGAGGUUUUUGAGACCAGUGAGAAAAAAGAAGUUAAAGAAAAUGGGAAACCCACAACAAAGGUACUUGAAGCUGCAUUGAAAAUUAGCCACACUUCACCUGAUAUACCGGCAGAGGUCCAGAAUGCGCUGAAAGAGCAUCUGAUCAGACAUGCACGCAUGCAGAGGCAGAUCACUGAGCCCACAUCGUCAUCAAGGCACAAUUCUUUCAGGAGGCACUUGCCAAGGCAGAUGCAAGUGUCCAGUGUUGAUUUUAACAUGGGGACAGAUCCGAUUUUGCAAAGGGGAGAGACAACAACCAGCAUUGGGAGAAUAAAACCGGAACUCUACAAACAGAAGUCUGUGGAUUCUGAUGGGCAACAAGAAGAUGUGAAAACAUGUGGAAAACUUAACUUCACUCUCCGGUAUGAUUAUGAGAAUGAACUUCUGGCUGUCACAAUUGUCAAAGCCCUAGAUCUGCCUGCUAAAGACUUCACAGGAACAUCCGACCCCUACGUUAAGAUUUAUCUGCUUCCAGAUAGGAAAAAGAAGUUUCAGACACGAGUUCACAGAAAGACGUUAAAUCCUGUCUUUGAUGAAACCUUUCAGUUUCCUGUAGCCUAUGAUCAACUCAGCAACAGGAAAUUGCAUUUCAGUGUUUAUGAUUUUGACAGAUUUUCUAGACAUGACAUGAUUGGGGAAGUUAUUCUUGAUAACCUUUUUGAAGUCUCAGAUCUCUCCAGGGAAGCCAAUGUAUGGAAAGACAUCCAUUGUGCCACCACAGAAAGCAUAGAUUUGGGUGAGAUCAUGUUUUCUCUUUGUUAUUUGCCUACUGCUGGGAGAAUGACAUUAACGGUCAUCAAAUGUAGGAAUCUCAAAGCAAUGGAUAUAACUGGCGCAUCAGAUCCAUACGUCAAAGUGUCACUGAUGUGUGAGGGUCGAAGACUGAAAAAGCGGAAAACAACCACAAAGAAGAACACCCUCAAUCCCGUUUAUAACGAGGCCAUCAUCUUUGAUAUCCCUCCAGAGAAUGUGGACCAGGUCAGCCUCUCCAUUGCAGUGAUGGAUUAUGAUCGAGUAGGGCACAAUGAGGUCAUUGGGGUAUGUCGGACAGGAAUUGAUGCUGAAGGGCUUGGAAGAGAUCAUUGGAAUGAAAUGUUGGCUUACCCACGUAAACCAAUAACUCACUGGCAUCCACUACUAGAGUUACCUGGCCGAGCAACCAGUUUUGAUAGCCAGGGAUCUUGUUCAUCACCAAAACCACCACUUACACCCUAG